AUGGCCCCAUUACGCAGCCUGCUUCUCGGUGGCACUGUUUGGUGCCUUCUCGCCUCCCGCGCCAUCUCAGCCAGUACAAAUCAAACCUCAUCGGCUGGAUGUCAUGCCUCCGACAAAGACUUUGGGCCGCCCUUCAAUACUACCGGCACAGCCUCAUUUAACCUUGGUAGUGUUGGCUACAAGAACACAAAGCCGUGGUACCUAACUAUUGGCCUCAAGGACAGACGGGAUCUCAAUGCUUCUUAUACAGGCACGCAAACAGUGAACAGCUAUGUCAGCCUGCCCGAUGAUUUCAUCAACAGGGCGGAUGGAAACUACACCCAAAUGUGUGCUUAUCGCCUUGUGGAGCAGAAUUCAACUGCAGCAGAAGGCAACGGCUCAUGCAUGGGUGUGCUAAGCGACGCAUGCACCAAGUACAUUCAAACCUUUCAAGAAUCCACGUCUUUCUCAGACGGUAAAUGCCCUGAAUUCUCCCCUGGGAAAGGUUGUGGCGACAGCAUUUUUCAGCUGGCCAUUCCAACAAACUUUACGAGCACCAAUUGCUCAACAAGUGGGCUCCCCGGGGUAGCCGAGAUACCUCAAAAUUACACCACUCGAGGCCUAUUCGGAAUUGCGUGGUCUAUUGGAGACAAGGAGAUCAACUCGUUUGAUGCUUACGACCUACACGUGCGUCAGCCAAACCCUAUUCUCCUCGUCUUCGGCUACAACCAGGGUUAUAGCCAGGAUAACAACCAUGAAACCAUUUAUGUUGCCAAAUUAUUCUGUGUUGCGCCGGAUCAUGUUGCCGCAGGAAGUCGUGACCCAAAAUCUUCCGCAAUUGAGCUGCGAGUCAACAAGGCCAUGGUGCUGGCAAUGGCGGCCAUGAGCUUUGUUAUGUGCAUUCUCUAG